CAGACAGCCAAUCCGCUCAAGCCUUGUUAACAUGUUGCAACAAUAACACAACUUGUUUCCUCAAGAGAUAACGGCUUCAGUUUUCGGUAUGGCGACGGAUAGUGCCUCUGUGUACAUGUGCUUCCCCUGCUACCAAGAGUUUGACACCUUGGAGGAGGUGCUGGCCCACCAGCUGACCUGCACCACAGAGAACGUGGGGAGUGGGGCCCCCACCCCAGUCUCCGUUCCCUUCCUACAGACUCAGCAGCAGGUGUAUACCCGGCCCAUUGCUCCAUCGCCUGCCCCUCAGACCAAGGCCAGUGCCUCCUCUGUGCUGCCCAGCUCUGGUGCACCAGGCCUGGCCAUGGCCAGCCCAAAGAAGCCCUCCUCAGGAGACCAGCCCAAGAUCCUGUACCAGUGUGGAGACUGUGACGCCCUGUUCGACUCCCUGAUCCUCUGGCAGCAACACCGCAAACAUGGCCAGUGUCUGCAGACCAAGGCAGGACCCACCCAAUCACAACCAGGACCAGAAGAGACCGGCUCUGGAUCCGGAUCAGAACUGGCCCCAAAGGGAGGGGGGAAGCAGGGACAGGCUGAAGUGGAGGUGGACCUGGGUCCAGAUGAACCAAACGAACCAAACUCACCAGAUGAAGGAGGAGGGGGCAGAGGAAGAGAGAGGGGGAGAGGUAGAGGAAGAGGGAGAGGAAUGGGUAGAGGAAGAGGAAAGAGUCAGGAGAGGGCACAACAAACCCAGCAGCAGCAGGAUGUAGUGAAGACUGAGCUACCCGCGGAGAAAGAGAAAGAGGAGGAUGGGAUGAGUGCAGAGCACACACCAGCCACCCUGGAUCACGCGUACCUGCCAAACACCACCAACAGAGGGCAGGAAGGAGGAGAGAAAGAGCCAGCAACAGAGAGUGUCGAAGUAUCCACUGGAUCUAAAGCCUCUGAGAUCCAGGCUCAGGCAGCCCAUUCAUCUACAGAGACCCAGUCUGCAGCAGACAGCCAGUCCAUCCCCGACCCCGCUCCCUCCCAGGAGCCCCCCAGCCCCCACCCCGCUCCCUCCCAGGACCCCCCAGACCCCGCUCCCUCCCAGGACCCCCCAGACCCCGCUCCCUCCCAGGACCCCCCAGACCCCACUCCCUCCCAGGACCCCCCAGACCCCACUCCCUCCCAGGACCCCCCAGACCCCACUCCCUCCCAGGACCCCCCAGACCCCACUCCCUCCCAGGACCUCCCAGCCGAUAACCCUGGGGAGGAGCAGACGUCCUACUACUUCAGGAUGAAGGCAGCCAAGAAGCUCAAGCCCCCGUCCAGCCUGCUGUGUGUGGACUGUGGCUCCAGCUUCGGCAUGGUGUCUGAGCUGGUGGCCCACCGCAAGGCCCAGCAUGGCCUCAAGGAAGCCCUGCACCACUGCACCGUGUGUGGGGAGAGCUUCCUCAACACCACCCUCUUCCUCUACCACCGCAAGCAGCACAAGGAGAAGGGAAAGGAGGGGGUUACACAAGCCCAGGCCCAGGGAGGACAGACGCAGAAUGCAGAAGACCAGGAUUAUAAAACCGUAACAGUGCAGCAAGAGGUGGUGGAAGAGAUGGUGGAAGAGUCUAAAGAGGAGACAGCGGGGGUGGCUGAUUCCCAGAACAAUGGAACUGAUGAGCAGGACCAGGAUGGUACCCCCUCUACUUCCACUGUCUCUACCUCUGCUCCGGUUCAGGUGCCCAAGGUGGUCCAGGGCCAGAGUUUCCUGUGUGCCCAGUGUGGAGCCAGCUUCAGUAAAGAGCCAGAGCUCAGUACCCACCGUAGGGACAAGCAUGGCCUGAACGAGCUGCUCCACCACUGUUCCCAGUGUGGCCAGAGCUUCAUGAACACCACCCAGUACCUUUACCACCGACGCCAGCACCGUGGGGAACCAGGGACUGGGGCAGGAGCAGCCACGGCCCCCCAGGGAAGCCCCCGCGCCCCCAAGAGGAUGCUGUCCCCCCCUUCCGCCUCGUCCAGUGCUGCGUCAGGCUCACCGGCUAAAAGACCUGCUAUCAGGAUACGCAGCAUCAACAAUCUCAAAGACAAGGGUAAAGAGGUGAAUCCAGUCAUCCUUAAGGAAGAGCAAGAGGAGAAGACUGUAGCGGAGGAACAACCUGACACCAACCUCCCCCCUCCAGCCAAGCUGAUGCAGGACUGGUCCCGCACCCCUCUCCCCCACGUCUGCCCCCACUGUGGCCAGACCUUCACACGCAGGGGGUUCCUCCGCGCUCACGUCUUCAGCCACACUGGAGAGAAGCUCUUCACCUGCAAGGUGUGUCAGAAGUCGUUUGCGUCCUCUCCCAACCUGCUGCGCCACAGCCUGACCCACAUGGGCACCAAACCUUUCCCCUGCUCCGUGUGUGGCAAGCGCUUCUCCCAGCCGGGCGUCCUGAAGAGGCACAGCCUCACCCACAGCCAGCCCAAAGCCCGUCGCCGCAGGUCCCGAUGGAAGAAGCGGACACCUGAGGGGGAGGAUGGAGAAAGCCAGCUGUUUGCCUGUCCCAACUGCACUGCUCGCUUCCAGACUGACCAACAGCUGCAGGAGCACAGACUGCUCCACACCAGCCACCCGUUCCCCUGCUCUGUCUGUGGAGAGGCCUUCAAACGCAGGAAGGAGCUGGACCUGCACUCCCUCACUCACCAAGAUAAGGAGCCAGUGUUGUGCCCCCACUGUUCCUCCCAGUUCCUGAACCAGUCAGUGUUGGACAUCCACCUGCAGCGCUGUACCAGCUCAGAGGAGGACAAGACUGUGGGCCGCGGCCGGGGACAGGGACGGGGACGCUCCAUGGGACAG